CCAAUCCCCGUGCGCGUCGUGCAUGAGAUUCCCGGAAGAGUCCUCCUGCAGGUGCUGUGACAGUUUGAGCCCAUUCAGUGCCAGGAAGGGUCCCAGCAGCUCAGCACCUACUGACUGGUAACCAGGGGCAACACAGCCCCAUCCCCUCCCUUGGCAACACAUGGAGGGCAGCAGGUAAGCCUGGCAGUGCCACCCACUUCCACAUCAUUAUAACCCCAUGGAGGGUGGAUUACCUGGCUACUAAUUAAAUUAACACAGUGACUCCAGGGGAUUAGUCCAAGCUGGAGAGAGGAAAAAAAAUAAAUUAAAAUAUAUAUAUAUAUAAUUUAUUAUUUAUUCUCUGUUUUGUAACUGAAACUUGUUGAUAUGGAAAGUAUGCAGCUUUUAUAUAAUCCUGUAUUCUCUUAUUUGCUGGUAUUUCAUGAAUUGGGACUUUUAAAGUUUAUUUAAGCUGUCCUCAGGAUAUAUAACCCCCCAGUUUUCUUUCUGUGCCCCUUGGCAUUCAGGUUUGCUAGCUGGCAGAGUAUAUAAAGCAAUAAAUGGCCGUGGUUAACCUUACAGCACUACAGCAGGGCAGCUGGCAUUGCAGAAUGUAGCAUAGUCAUGUUUGGACCCUUAUAUAAGCAAUAUGCAAUGAUAUUUAUAUAAUUUGUUUCUGCUAUGUAUUGGGCAGUGAUGGCUUUCCUUGGUACUGCAGAUGUUAAUUAACUACAUUUACCUGCAGGUUGGGUGAGAAUCACUAGAAAUUAAUUUUACAAACCUAUAUAGUGUCAGUACUGGCCAGCACUGGUGGAUUAAUAUAAUUAUUUGUAAUAAAACACAACCCAGACACUCCUUGUCACAUACAAGGUUAAAUAAAUCUUUCUGCUCCCUCCCACUACCCUCUCUAGAGUCUAGACCUAACUACACAUAUAAUAUGAGCAAUUCACAAUUAUCAGAUCAAUAUUGAGGCAUGUAAACUCAUGUGGGGGUGGGGCGAGAUUGGCAUUCGACUAGUUCAUUUGUACCAGGGAAUGUUUGAAUGUAAAUCUAAAUUAAUUGCUGAAAAAUCAAAAUCUUUAAAUAGUAAAAUCGUAUAGAUCUGUAAUCCCAUAUUUAUAUUUUAGGGUUAAUCAUGAGUAAUUUAGAAUGCAGGAUCAUCUCAGGCAUUGGUCAGUAAAAUAUGAAUUAUCUAAAUAUCACUAGCUACGCUAUCUUUCAAAUAAGGCUAAAGGAAUGAGUGUCAGUAAGUAAUGAAUUUGUAAUGUCAGAACGGAGUGGAGCUACAACAUAACAUAUUUAUUCCACUGUAUUAACAUAUUUUCUUCUAAAAUCAAUCAGUCCAAGUUCAAUAUUGAUCUACAUAUAUUAUAUAUUUAAACCAAGAGUCAAUCCUGGCUGCUUCAAAUACAAGUAACCAUACAAUGACUCCGUCUGCGAUGGACGUGAAGAGACCAGCUGAAUGUUUUGCAUGAUUUCUCCUAUCCCUGACCUUGGAAGGAUACAGUAUACUGCUUAUGCAUGGUAGCUUUUAUCAUUUUAAUAUGCACAUCAAUCUGCUGGCUCGCCUGAAUUCCCAAAGCUAUACUUCUGAUUUCUUUAUUUAUUUACCUUAAUAACCAUAACCCUUUCAAUGCUAGAGGUUUUGGCACAAACAAAUUGCCAUGUAAAUAUGCCAGUUAGUUCUUGUCAAUGCUGUACAGUCCGCCUGAUCAUCAGUAAAAUAGAUUGUCUUCUAAAUUAACCACUUGCCCCAGCCAUCCAUUUGUUCAUCCAACAAUUAUAGUUUCUAGUUUUUAUUUCCAUACAGAUACAAUUUAAAAAAUAAAAAAAAUAUAUAUAUAUAUAAUUUUCAUUGAAAUAUAUGCAUACCGUUUUUGGGGGGCAUAUAUCAAUAAUGGCAAAAGAUGUCAGCUGCUAUGAACUAUGGAAAGCUGGAAAUAAGCCUGGAAGUGGCAAAAUCUCACUUUAGAUAUAAUUCACUUAGUAAAUUUUACAUGUUCAUGAGAAAUGUUAUACAGAGCAGCUGGACUGACAAAUGUUAGUUAGAACUGGAAUAGUAGAUUAAACGCCAGUGUCAUGUGUUCCCUUGUAAUGCUAUGCACGCAGUCAACAGCGAGAACAUUUGUGUCCAGAUUUUUAUAUUUAUUUGCGCAAUUUAUUGACUAAAUAUUACACAGUACACACUCACUUUCCAGGAUUUUUAAUACUGUUUACCUAUUGCCUAUAUUUAACACCUAUAUAAUAGCUAGAUAGAUACAAGUAUGAUGGCACUCACCAUUUCAAUCAGUCUAAUAACCUAGUUAUGGGGUAGGCAACCUACGGCACGAGUGCCAUGCACGGGACUCAAGGCUGUUAGAGCCAAACAGGCUCUGUCCUAUCAGGAGUCUCAGUGACACUUCAGAUAUCUGCUAAUACGAAAAGGUGGUGAAGAACAAUCCUCAAUUUAUGCAUUGCACCACGUAGAGAAAGUAAUCAUAGAUCACUUCCUCCUAGCACUUGUGAAUGGGAAUCCACACUGGAGUAAAGCAGCCCGCAUCGGCUGUUGCAGCUCCUGUCCUUGACCUGUACCUGACCAGCAUGGUCCACGCUGGACCCCAGGGAAGCCACCCACACUGCUAGAUAUACACAGGAAUGCAGAAUAACCCUCCCCUCAUACAAAUAAUACAAACAUACAAACAAUCUGCACAAACUCAACACCACUAACAAUCCACAUACAUGCACACAACCCCACAUGCAGCCUCUCACGUGCAAUACCCCAAACAGCCCCUCACAUACACACACUACCAAAUACACAAUGUGACAAAUCCAUCUACACACACACACACAAUUCCACAAGUAGACCCCAUACACAGUCUUAGGUAUCAUACACGAUACCACAAACGACUCAUUAACAUAUACAAUAUAACAGCCCACAUACGCACAAAUACAAAGAUACAAAGCAAUUGCAGUAUAAAUAACACAAGCAGAAUAUUACACACCUCAAUUAAAAAAAAUAGGACCGGCACCCUACGGGACAUAACAAUCCUAUUUCGGCACAGGGCUGCUAAAAGGUUGCCUAUUCCUGACCUGGUAGGUGCCCUGGUGCAAUCCCACGCUGGAGGUAUAUAUAAUAUAGAAAGUAGAGAUGCACUCUUCAGUCUUUGAAAAAAUAAAGUGGUAUUUUAUACAUCAAAAAGUUUACAAUCAUCCGAUCGACGUUUCGACCCGUUUAUUUUUUCAAAGACCGAAGAGUGCAUUUCUACAUUCUAUUAUAUAUAUUAGUGAUGUGUGAAUUAUAACAUUAAUAAGGUUAUUCACAAAAGUGAGAAUUCAAAGUGAAUUUCAAAUUUAAGGUUAAAAUAGCUAAACUGGAAAUUUUUUCUAAGUCCACUACACUUGCCUUAAAUUUGAAACUCACUUUGAUUCUCACUUUUAGUGAAAAAAAAAUAAUGUAAAUAUAGAUAUUCACAUCUCUAUAUCCUGCAUCCGAUUUAAGAAAAUUAUAUAUACCGUAUUCUGUUUAUCCUCAAUAAUUAACAAAUAUGUAUUUGUGAGGUGUGAAAAAUGUAAAAGCAAAUGUAUAAAUUAGUGAGGUAAACUCUAAACCACAGUACCGGUGUAUUUGGAGUCAGUGGUAGAUGUUUCUCUUUAAAAAAUUUCUUGUGACCUGUUUCUUUUUCAUUGUAUUAAUUAUACAUCCGAUGUAGAAUGUUCUAACAUAGCAAAAAUCUCUCCAGGGGUUUACCUUCCUGGUCCUGAAAUAUUCAGCUCUUUCAAAAAUGUGUCGGCUGACAAAUUGCUACACUAUAGUGCAGUGUUGGAAAAGUGAUGGUCACAGACAGACCAACAUACUGAAGCGACUCCUUAGGGAUUGAUUUUCUUUGGGAUCAGAGACUGAAAGCUGGCUCUGCAUGAUUUGUCUCGUGAGAAUUUAAUCAGGACUAGAAAACAACCAUGGCCUACUGGUUUUAAUAGACUACAACUCCCAUCAUAGGAAGCCAACAAAAUAAUAUGUUCGAGGUCAGACCUGCCCAACUUGACAGUAGUUAAGGGCCAAAAUUAAAAUAGGAAGAAUUUUUUUUUGAGGCCACCGGUUUUUAGCACCUCACUAACCAGAUAAAUGUAUAAAAUUACAUGUAAAAAUACAGAUAUAUAUACAUACACAUACACACUCUCUCGCAAACAGAUGCAGACACAGACAUACAUUGACAUGCGUACAGAUACACGCACACAGGGCAAAAUAUACACCAUUAUAGCCACUCACCAGUUUCCUACCUUUUGGAUGCCAGAGGGUGGCUUCCCUGGUGUCCAGUGUGCUGGCUGAGGCUGUUUGGAGUUGGGGGCUGGCUCCUGCAGCCUGUGCCGCUUCCUCUGCAGCCUUCUCAUCUGUCUUCCUGUGUCCAUCAUCUAUGCCUCCCCCUCCAGCGCAGCUCCACAUCUCUCUGGGAGAAGGUGACAGGCUGUCACUUUCUCACAGGUUGCCGUUAAGCAGAGGUCAUGGUUGUGCUGUUAAAGGGCCACAGCUCCAGACCGGGCUGCUGAAACUCCAAGCACAAUUACCAUUACCAUGGUGCUCCCCCAUUGUAAGUAGCCAAACUGUUACAGAACGGGUUGACUUAUUGCCUUGGGUUUGCCUGGUACUACUCCCCACCUCCACUACCUUCAACAGAGAGCCAGACACUCCUAAGCUGGAGCUUCCAUUAGCUGUCCUAAACAUAAUGGACAAUCUUUCAGUGAUCGGAAAAAGAGAAAAAAACAGCGCUAGAUUGCCACAAUAAUAUUAUAAGAAAGGCAGCACUCCUCAAAGGGGAGUCCCCAAUAAUCCCCUAAUGGUAACAGAUAGCAAGAACAAACAGAGAUAUAAGGAUGCGCCUAAAACUUGAUAAAAUAAAAGACUAAAUUAGUCAGAUAAAAUACAGAUUAAAAUAAGUAAUAAAACAAUAGUCCAAUAAAAUAGGCUUAUCACAGUCCGUGAGGGUAGGUCCCACUUGUAAAGGAAUAUUCUUUAGGGUGUAGGUGGGAUCGUAUCUUCAAAUGUUGAGAAUUCAGCAUAUGUGGAGAGAAAAAUAAAAACAGGACUCCAAUGGCACAGUAAAUCGGUGUAUAAAAUUAAAUAUAAAAGUAUAAAAUCAGUCUUACUCACACUUUUCAGAGCUAGGAUCAGCUCUGAUAUUGCUCGCGUAAAGUGGAAUAAUCCCCACUUCAAGGAUAUAUGGAGUAAAUUUUGAUAGUUGAAUAUCUGACGUGGGUUCAGCGUUCAAUUUGACGUAAUACGACCCAGAGGAAAAAAUUAAAUAAAAUAUAUAGUGCUCACUGUAUGUAAUAAAAUUAAAAGAAAGUAAAGUAUACUACUCACGUAAAGUAGAGCAGACUCAAAACUGCUCAGUGAAGGCGCUCGGGUGGUACAAUCCCCACCUAUGGAUUCUUUGUACUUCCUGCAGGGUGAGCCGUAUACAUAAAAGCAAUAAAAGAAAAUGUAUGUAAAAUCAGGUAAAGGAGAAAACAAAUGGCAAUAAAGUAUUUUAUGCCAAUAAAAUAUCUUUAUUAUAAAAUUAAGAACAAAAUCUAUUAAUAUCUAAACGCGUUUUGCCUUAACAGGCUUCUUUAAGUAGAUCAGUGAUCGUCUGAUGCUCUGGGCCAAUGGCCUAGUCUCCAUGUCUCAGGUAGUGAAAACAGCUUGAAUACUCCUAAUGUAGGGGCGUGGGACACCAGGACACUCUUGGCACCAUAACCACUACAGCAUGCUGACAGUUAUUGAGUGUUUCAUUAAAAUAUUGAUAAGGUAUUUACUAAAAAAAAAUUAACCUUUUGUAAGGACACUUUAAGAAUAAAAAAAACAACAACUAAAAGUAAAGAAAUUGAUAACCUUUUAUACAAUGUAUUGGGAGCUUUCCUUGAAAGAAGAAAUAGUUGGCUCAUAAUUUUACUGUUGUUCUAAUACGUUCACCUCUCAGCUGAAAUGAAUAAAGAACAUAAUAUACUGUGACUGGGUAAGGAAACACGGGUACUUUAAGUAAAUGGAGAAUUUACAAGGGGAAUUCAUAUUUGAGACAAAUAAUACUAAGCUGGGAAAAUUUAGAAAUAAAAACGUAUUACUGUGUUUCUGCAUUAGAUGGUAACUACACCAUAUUUUGUAAUGUUGUAUUUUUCAGAAUGAUUCAGGGUUAAGUUGCGAUGGGCUGGAUGUACCCUGGUGAAGAGACUGUGCCUUUCCAUCUACAAUGGCUUCAGAGAUGGAGAAGGCUAGUGCCCUGCUCCAAACUUUCAGCACCGCUUCUGUUGUUUCAAGUUUAGGAUUGAGCGUCUUCUGCUUUCUGGCAGACAAUGUUCAGCAAGCUCCCUUCAUCCAGCAAAACGAUUGGCUGAGAGCCCUGUCUGACAAUGGCACACAUGGUGUGAUUGGCAUGUGGUCCUGGGCGAUUGUGAUUGGUCUCCGGAAGAAAAGUGACUUUUAUGAAGUUAUCCUCGCUGGCUUUUUUGCAUCUGUUAUUGACCUCGAUCACUUCUUCCUUGCUAGUUCGUUUUCACUGAAGGUAAGGGAGGUACGGGCUCUCUAAUUGCACUGUAUAGAGCCUGACUAAUAGUUGUCUAUUAGUAGCACUGCAUUUACAGUUAACUUUAGAAUACUUCUGGAAAAUCUAUUUUUAUGUCACAUUUUUAAAAAAUUAUUAGUGCCAAAGAACCCUUAAAAUACAUGGGAACUUUUUUUUUUUUUUUUACACAAUCUAAACAGUGGCUAGUUAUGGGUCCAAGUAGAUCUUUUAUUUUCUAACACCUCAAGGUCUGAUUACUUAAUGUCUUGUUAUUCUUGGCUGUCUGUGCUUAGUGUAUAUCUGUGCGUUAACGUCUGUUGAUUAAUAAAUCUUUGUAAAUCUUGUUUCAGUUUUGCUGCCCUCUCUUCCAUAGUUUUGUCUUAUUCGCUCUUCAUUCCAUUUUGUGCCUUCGGCUUACCUUCUAGUGCCCUUUCCUUUGCCCUUGAAGACAAUCAUGCAAUGUCAGAUGAUCAGCACUUACAUAGUUCUAAUAUUAUCAAGGUGUAUAACUCUCUGCCUCUUACAGACAUUCUGCUCUUCUCUCCACAGUAAGAAUACAACAAACCAUGUAGAAUUAGAUUGGUAGUUAACAAUAACAUUUUUCAACACAGCGUGGUCAUUAAUAUCCACAAUUGUUCCACGUCUUGACAUUUAAAAAAAUAUAUUAAUCAUUGCCAAAAUUACAAUUCAACAUUGCAUUUUUUCUUCCUUUUUUAAACCAUUUUCAUCAAUGCCUGUAUUGAAAUGUAAUAAUGUAAUGAUCUUUCAAAUGCAAAUUCAACUUCCUAAUGGAUACAAAAAUACAUCAUACAAUAAAUUAUGUUGGGUUUUAUACGUAUUUUUUUAUUUUAAACUUUUUUUUCCCUAGAAGAAAAACAAGAUCCUGUUGGAAACAUAUGCAUGUGUUUCUGAGAAAUAUAUCUCCCCCCAAAAUAUUCACAAUUGAGGCAGUGAAAACCACCAUAUGUUUCAUGAGUGAGCAACUUCUGUUAACAUGGCUUCUUAAUGCAUGCUAUAAACCCCUGCUGUGCCUAUAGUUUCAUGCUAUAUGGCAGUGUUUUUUUCAUUUAAAAGGGUACUCCAGACCCCAAAAGCACUUUAUCUUGCUGAAAAGCUUUGCGUGGGAAACGUGUGCCCUAUUUUUUCAUUUCGCAAAAAGUGCAGAUUUAAAUAGAAAUUGACACUUUUAUAAAUUAUACUGGUUACACCUUCCAGGCUUGUCAACCAGACAUCUGGUCCUGUUACUUCCUGAUUCUGUUAGCUUAUUUGCACUGACCUCAAGAGGGAGCAAUUGCUCAGAGUACCUGCCUUGCAAAGACUUCUCAUUGAGCUAUAUUGGGAAGUCUGUGAUUGAACAGUCACAUAAAUUCUGGGCGUGGAGAGCUUGCAAAGGCAGCAGACAAGAGAUCUGCAGUUUUGCAAGCUGCUUUUAGGUAUAUCCCCAAUGAAAAAAUGCAUAAUUAAAUGCAUGUAACUUUGGGAUAUAUCUACUAAAAACUGAUUUUUCUUUGUUUUGUAUUUGAGCAGUGGAGUGUCCCUUUAUGUCAUUAGUAACCAGACUUUCCAGAGUGGUCUCAGCCUAUUCCUGGUGUCUGCAGAUAUCACAGGAAUGCGCAAUUCAUAUCGCCCGACACCUGGGACUUGCAGUUCCGGAUGCUGAGCAGGUUGUAAUUUUGUUAUUUUAGCCCUGCUGUGGGCUAGCAGCAGAGUUAAAAGGUUUUUUUUUGUUUCCCCCCAGUACUCCCCAGGAUCACAGCUGCAGGGGACUUCAAUCCUCUGGCGGGUCGCUUUAAAUAAGCAAUUUAGGCGGCUAAAUUUUGAUUAAAAUAAUGUUUUUGUAUCAGAACAAGUAGAUUGGGCAAAUGCUUUAGUUCCUGGACAAGUAGUUUUUUGUUUUGUUUUUUUAAUUUCCACACCCUUGUAUCAAUUGUAAAAUAUGCAGAUACUGAGACUUUUAAAGGCAAAUAUACUCUGUUAUAUUAUUUUGAAAAUAUUAAUGCAUUAUCCACAGUACAGUAUAUUAAAUGAAGGAUCCCCUCCAGCCUCUAGAGCAGUGGUUCCCAAACUUUUUAGGUUCAAGGUGCCCUUUAUAUUUUUCCAAGGCACCCCAAGUUUUCUAGGUUGUCUAAAAGUACAGUUCUGCGGCAUAUACUGGGCCCCUAAUCUUUGGAGUGGCACUGGUGGAUUAUUUAAAGAAACAAUCCAGCCACAAUAACCACUACAUUACGUUGUAGUGGUUAUGGUGCCAGUAGUGCCGUAGUGCCCUCACAGGUUUUAGAACAGUUUGACAACUUUCCUGGUGUCUGCCGGGAUAGGGGCUGUAGUGUGUGGGUGAGGGCUGCAGUGUGCGUGUGUGUGUACAGGGGUGCAGUGUGUCUGUGUGUGUGAGGGAUGCAGUGUGUGUAUAGGGGUGCAUUGUGUUUGUGAAGGAUGUAGUUUGUGUGUGUGUGUGUGCGUGUCUAUAUGUAAGGCAGGUUGUGUGUGUAUGGGGGGUAGUGUGUGUGUAUGGGGGAUAAUGUGUGUGUGUGUGUGUAUGGAAGGAGUUAUUGUGUGGUGUGGGGGCAGAAGGGCAAAUUAAUAAAUAAAUACUUUUUUUUUUUUUUUUUGCGAGAUUCGGAAUGUUGCCGUUGUAACCGGCAACGCUCCGAGCUCGUGAGAGGAGAACUUGGCUGUCAGCAAAGUGCAAGCGGGCUGGAGAGGGAGAUCUCUGAUCUCCCCUCCGGUCCUGCAGAGCCGGCAGGGGAGAGCACAGUUCCCGGUUCAUAGCACCGGGAAAAUAACUUGCGGCUCCCCUGUGUGCCCCGCACAAAAUUUGGGAACCGCUGCUUUAGAGUCUCUUCCAAGAGUGAUUCUAGAAUUUAAAAUUUGGGGGUGUAGGGGGAGCUCCAUAACUUUCCCCACAAAUAUAAAUAUGCAUGCACACAGUUACAGACACAAAUACACACUUUUACACAUACACUAACACACAUAUAUAUACUCAUACUCGCAAACAUACACUAAAACUUUCUCUAGAUAACUAACUAUCCACCCUUUUCUCCCUAGCUCAGCAGAGGUGCUUCAAAGGCAUUUGGGGGGUGCAUGGUACCCCAUAAAGUUGUCACUGGUCUCUUCUAGCAGUGAAUUUAUUGUAACAGAUAUCUAUUUAAGAAAUUUAUGGAUUGUAACUUGCACAGCGGGCCUUGAUUCAGGCACUUUAUAAGCAGAUGAAAGCAUUAAACUCCUGCAGUUACUAGCUUCUGGGGAAGCUGUAUAAUUGUCAGUGUGUUAGUUUGUAAUGGGUUUAUAAUCCAGUUAUAAUUAAUGUAUGGAUGUAUUUGACUGAUUUCCACGCCUCAAUGUUUUUUUGCACAUGCAAUAAAGACUCAUUAAAAUUUCUGCUCUGUUACAAAGUCCACUUCGUAUAAAUUUUAAUGAAGGCUGCUUAAAGCAGCACUGUCAUGCCUUACUUACCUUUUUCCAACCUCUUACUCCAAAUCGCCUUUCCCUGCUGCCCCCUGGUAGAGCCGAUCCUGGGUGGGUGCACGCUCUAUAUAGAGACGGAUCGGCAGGGUGUGCAGUGUUAGGCUCUGCCUCUUGUAUAAGCAACCCCCCCUUAUUUGCCUCCACUUCCUUGCGAUUUGUCCCGAGCGACAAACGUGGAAGGCAACGGUUACAAGCUGUUUGAGGGGCAGGUCUAAUGACCCAACGUCCAGACCCCCAGCAGCCACGUCUCUGUCGAGGGUCUUUGCAAAGUCCCCAGACCUUGAUAUAUUAUUUUUCAGCACUUGUAUUUAAAGGCAGUAUACAACAGUUGAGCGAAACUACACAACCUCUUCAUGGCUUUACAGACAAGGUUUCCAGUUCAACCAUAGUUACCUGGACACAUGUCCCUUAUACGUAGUGAUGGACGUCAUGUGAAAAGUCUUGCACUGCAUGUGUAGAAUUCUAGUGUUGCUUGUAGAAAAUCUAUUCAUUGAUGAAAUAGGUGUCAGGGCCACCAUCAGGGGGUGACAACUAAGAUGAUUGUCAUGGGCUCGCUUACAAUGUGGAAGCACCCGAUGGGUAUUGGUGAACAGGGGCCCUGUCAGAUGCGCAUGCACUUUAACAGCAUGACCGGGCUCCUGUAGUAUCGGAUGCUGGGAGGAAGUGACAACUGAUGCACAGCAAAUGCACGACUGCAUUCAAAAGCCAACAUUCACACACACACUCCAUAGAAACACUGCUCAGUGCUAACUGCAACCCUGCAAUGAUCGGCACAUUGUAGGUCCCAGCUGGCAAAGCAUUGUGGGACAUGCACAACAGAUGGGAUCUACAUUUUGGCCACCCUUGUGCUAGGAACUCUCUACAUUGGUUCCAGCACUACUCCUGCGGGCCCUCGGCAGCCAGUAUAGUGAAGAGGGGGCCCGGCACACACAAUCUUCUGCUUCAGGAAGCGCUCUCCAACUCCCGCGAGCCCCGACUGUUAGAGUGUUUACACCAGUUACUAUGGCAACGCUCCGCAUGACUCGCAGACUGAACUCAUGAUAGUUGGAGAGAGGAGCUGCCAAAAGCUGUUGAUCAUGUUGGUUGUGUCCCCUCUUAACCACCUGACAGCCUGCCAAAAGCCAACGGACCAUCAGGGAGUUCACCUGUAAUGUAAUGUCCCACUUCCCUGUCCACAUAUAAGAGGUAUUUAUUUUUGUGAUUGCGAUCAUAUACAUAGAUUAAUGAGAGUUAUAGUCCAGAAUAACUUCUUGUUAAGGAGCUAAACGUGAAUAGGUGGCCUGGUAACUAAUUGCAGAUAUGAGGAUUUUUUUUUAUCAGUUACUCAAUUGGAUUUUGAGAAGUACCUUCUUUUCAGUCCUGUGUCUCAGCAUAGUUAGUAGGUCAGAAAGGCUAGGCACAAAUGAGACAUCAUAAUCCUUAAUAUGCCUUUUUUUUUUUGUCUCCAUUCGUCGGCUGUUAUUUUGUGAGUGAUCGCACGAUAAGCACCAUUUUCUGUGCUGCAGAUAAUUAGAGUUGAAAUGUAGCUGUGGUAAUGUGAUUGUUUUGUCUCCUAUUCUUUAUUGAGACAUUUUUCAUACAAACUGAAAUAAGAAUAGAACUGACAGUUAAUCUCCAAGCUCUAAUAGGCAGCACGAGGUGUGCGCCAUUGCCUCCAAUUUUUAGAUUUCUAUUCUUCAUCUCUAACAAAAUGGGUUUAAUCAGGUUUUAGUUUUUUUUUAAAUUUAUUUAUUUAUUUUUAUAGUGCAACAUUUAGUAUUUUGUAAAAGAGCAAACACUGUCGAUGGCAAGUUGGUGUUCUGUAUAGAAUAAUGUAUUGUUAAGGAAAAUGGUUUGUUUUGCCACAUUACAUUUAUACAUUGCCCAACAGUUCUAAUUGACAAAGAGGGAUACUUUAAAGGGAACAUAUAGGCUCCCAGACCACUUCAGUUCAUUGAAGUGGUCUGGGUACAGUGUCCUUAUUGCCCUUAGUCCUGCAAUUUUUAACAUUGCAGUGCCAGAGAAACUGCAAUGUUUACAUUGGAGUGCUAAGUCUACCUCCAGUGGCUGUAUACCAGACAGCCACUAGAGGCACUUCCUGCGUCCAAAUGGACCUUUGGUCCAGCAUCUGAUGCUAGACAUCUCACGCUCUGCAUGAGGACAUCCAGCACCAGAUUUUUUUCCCCAUAGGAAAGCAUUGAUUCAAUGCUUUCUUAUGGGGAGGUUUAAUGCGCGCAUGUGAAUUGGCGCCCGCUCAACACCUAACAGAGGAGAAGGCGGAGCCGCAACCCAGCGCCAUGGGGCAUUGUAUCAUUGCUUUGGGGCUCAGCUCACUCAGAUACACCAACAAUAUGAAGCUCAUAGAAAAGAUGGACAUUAGGAUGGAAAAGAUGGAGGGAGGAAUUUAGCUACAACAAAGAAACAGAACAACUUAAAAAGGGACACUUGUAAGGUUUGCAUUUAUGUUUGCCUGCUCACAUGUAACACCCCAUUAUAGUUGAUCCUGCGAUUGCUUUGUGCCAUCCCCUGCUUCCAGUCCUUCCACUGCUGAUUUAUUUGGUAGAACAUGUUUAGUCCCUAAUACCCAGGGUUGCCAUUAGAUUUUUUUGGGCGCCUUAUACAGCUGAGUCUGUCCACAAGGAUGUAGUGUGUGUGUAUGUGUGGAGUGAAUGCAGAGUGUAUGUUUGUAUAAUGGAUGCAAUGUGACUGUUAAAAAUACAGUGUGUGUUUGUGCAGUGGAUGUAGGGUGUAGUGGAUGCAGUUUGCAUAGUGGAUGUUGGGUGUGUGUUUGUGUAAUGAAUGCAGUGUAGUGGAUGCAGUGUGUGUGUGUGUGUGUGUGUGUGUGUGUGUGUAAAUUUGUGGGGUAAAAUGGGUUGCAUUCUGUUUUGUUUUUGUUUUACAUUUUUUUUUUAAUUUUAAGAGUGGGCAUUCUUAGAGUGCUGAGCUGCAUUUUGUAAUGCAAGUGUGUUGUACUAGCAUUUAUAUUUUAUAAAAUAUUUACAUUGUUAAUAGUGCAAUAAUGCUUGAGUUCUGCUUUUGUUUAUUACAUGAGGUCUGCUUUGCACUUGCACAGAAGUAUGUCACGUGUAUUUAUGAUUAAAUAGUUAUUUGAGUCAAUUGAAAGAAAUGACAGAGCUGAGAACAACACAAAUAAAUUGGGGGAAAAUAGAUUUGCAGAAUUUAUUCUGACGUGUUCUAAUUUUAGUAAAUUUGGUAUUGAUUUACCACAAUGUACUACUCAAUGAAUAAACCCUGUAAUAUUUUACUAUAAUUAAAGAUGUAUAUGUAGUUGUUGGGCAAUAUUCCAUGCAUGUGGGUGGUUUCCUUGGAUACCAAGCACAAGUUGAAAGGAACAUGAAUGUAUUUUUAGCAUCAGUAAGUUAAUUGAUCUUACAGCACUGUAAUCUGCUCGUACGAAAGGUUCUGCUUCUAACCCAGCGUAGCUUUAUGCCUAGCCACAGUCCAUAUUUCCAUAUUCUAUUUCUCCACACCGCAUGUGCCAUAAAUAUUCAGUGGUUUUCACUCUAGACAUACUCUGCUAUUCAUUUAAAUGUUGCCCUAAAAUUUCUAUUGAUACUUUGUAUAGAGUCAGCAGGGCUCAAAAUUUUGAUGGGAUAAUUGCCUGUUUAAUCCUGAGUGUUCAUGAUCUAUGUCAGCUGGCUUCAUGGUGAUGUUUCAGUUGUUUCUUAUGUUGUUCAGCACAUUCCUUCCCUAAUUGAGGUUGUACAGCAAGCAUGUCAAACUCGCGGCCCACAAGGACCAUCUUUACGGCCCGGCGAGCCACGAGUACAUGCUGGUGUUCUAGCAGAGUAGGUUCCUGCUUUUCCCACAUUGUAGGUGCCUACUCAGCUAAAACUUACACGGCCAGGGAGACAGUCAGUGAGAGAGCUCAGUAUUCCUGCUCCUCACUGCUCCCUCGCGCGCCGUCUGUAGUGAAGCCGGGCGCCGGAAUAUGAUGUCAUAUUCCGGCAUCACCAAACCGCGCGAGGGAGCAGUGAGGGGCAGAUAGAAAGAUCCCAGGGAGAUGCCCCAAAUCAGCUCCAAAAGGUAGGGAGCAAUAAAGUAAAGUGUGUGUGUGUGUGGGUCAGUGUUGCAUUGGCUGCGACUGGACAGUGGAGUAACUGGAGGUGCAUGAAGGCAUGCAAUGCUACGUCACAUUCCGACGUGACAUCAACGUGCUCCACCUUCACAGGGUUUCAAGAAGUGUGGCAGAAUCAGAUUUGGCACAGGGUGCAGAAGGUGCCAUUUGGGGUAUACCAGAGGCCGGACUCUGGAUUUGCAUACUGGCAGCAGCAAUGUGAGUGGAGUCUGCUAGUUGGCUAGAUGGGGGUGCUGGGAUUUAGUAGAGGGGGAGGACUGGGGUUUAGUAUAUGGGGGACUGUGGUUUGGUGUAUGUGGGGGAGGACUGGGAUUUAUUAUUAAGAUUUGUAAGCAUUUUUUUUUUAAAUAUUAAAAUAUCAAGAAAUAUAUAAUGUAUAAGAAAAGAAAUUCCAAUAUUAAAAUAUUUUUUCUAAAUAUUAAAUCAAGGUUAUAAUCUACUUCCAUGUAUGUUGCUUUUGUGUGAUAUAAUUUUGUUAUAACUAUUGAGCAGUUGCUUGAUCUUGGAAUUAAUUCUUCAUUAUUCAUUCAUGUUAAUUUUAUUGUAUUGACUGUGCCACAGGCUGAGUGAACUUUUUGUAAAAAAUUCUUUUUUAUUUGGUGUGUGUAGGCUGCAUUGAACCUCCCACAACGACCACCUCUUCAUUGCUCCACAUUGAUCCCUAUUGUGGCUCUCAGUCUGAAAUUCCUAAUGCAGUUGUUAAGACUCAAAGACUCAUGGUGUUUCCUACCGUGGAUGUUGUUCAUAUCCUGGACUUCCCACCACAUUCGGGAUGGAAUUCGUCACGGACUUUGGAUCUGUCCGUUUGGGAAGACUGCUCCAUUGCCAUAUUGGCUGUAUGUGGCAAUAACCGCAUCCUUACCAAAUCUGUGUUCUCUCAUUAUGUAUCUAACAGGGACCAGGGAAAUGAUGACGACCAAGCACGGAAUACGUAUUGAUGUGUAAGGUUAACGUUAGGCUUGAAGUGUAAAGUGAAUUGUUUACAGAAAUAAUCUUUAUUUCUUAACACUUUGUCUCAUUUUGACAGCAGGUAAUUCAACACAGUUUCUGCCAUUUGACAAUUCAACAAAUCCACUUCAUGAUUUAGGAGAUAUAUUCAAAUUGUGGUGUUCAGCACUCAUCAACGAGAAUCAUCGGUUUAAAAUCAGAUGAUUUUGUUGCUGAAUGGUAUAGUAGAUUUAUUUUUACCUUUUUCUAUAGAGAGACGCAGCCCUAAUUUUUCCACAAGUGGUUUAUAUAAAAAUUAAAGAAGAAUAUAGAAUGUAUUGUAAAGAGCACUAUGGGAUCUUUGUAGAUGAAUGUGUGUGUUCAUUUAUUUUUCUACUUUACUUAAUUUUGCCCACAUAAAUAAUUUAUGUGGAACCAGGGGCUCAAAAUUUUAAGUCCCAAGUUACUAGUUUGGCAAAAAACUACUUAUCUCAGACAUGUCUAAAUUUUUUCCUUUCCCUUAGGAUUAUUCACUAAACUGGAAAUUCAAAGUAAUAUUUCAAAUUUAAGGUAACAAUACUGGAUAUAUUCUCUAAGUCACCCAAUUUGGCUACUUUGGCCUUACUUUUGAAAUUCACUUUGAAUUCACACUCUAGUGAAUAACCCUGAUUGUUAUUAGCAAACUCCUUCUUUUCAUUAUCACUUGCCCUUUCACCCCUCAUAACAUACCUCCCAACAAUCUGGUUUGGGGAACCAAAACAGGAUGCUUGGGGACCUGGUGGGCAUCACCAGUGACAUUACCUGCAUCACUAUCAACGCCUGUAAGGGAUGGACCCACCAUCUGGCUAGCUGCCUUAUCAAACCCCCAGCUUUCAGGACCAUGGUCUUAGUGCCGUCUGAGGGACACUAGGAACUUAAGUGGGACAGGACCCUGAAAUCGGAACUGUCCCACCAAAAGUGGGACUUUUGGGAGGCCUUCUAAUGUCACUUACACCAACUUCCUCCUUAUUUCAGUAGUGUUUUUACUUUUACCAUUUUUGGGCAUUUGUUACAAAGCUUCUUUUAAUUUGUUUACUUUUGCCAGAGGUGAAGGGCCCCAACUGGUUGGCAAAAUGUUUUAACCUAUGUAAAAGCCGUAGAACAACCCUCAGUCCAAAAUAAGAACAGGUUAGAAUGGGAACACCUUAUUUGACAAAUUAAUGUUUUUCUGUUGCAGCAUUGUGUUACCCAGCCAAUUGAAGACAUUUGGAGAAUUCAUUUUAGGAUUGAUGAUAUUACAAUUGAAGAAUUAUUCACUUGACUGAGCAAGUGGUUGGAUUGGUGUGUCGUGUCCUAAAUAAUCUGAAAUGCCAGUAGGAGACUUGAAUAGCUUGACCUCAUGUGGCCUUGUGCAGGGAGGGAUGACUCAUUUAUUUUAAAAGAAUUGUAUUUAUUUUGAUUAAUUUGGUGAUGUAAUAAAGUACUAUAUGGUAAAUAAAAUCUAUUUAAAAUGAAACUAUAUUAUUUCGUUAUUUUAUUGCCAAAUUUAG